AUGUCGUUUCAAAAUACAAAUUUGUGCUACAAAGAGUUCAAUUGCAAAUAUUCAAACUUUAUCCAUAAACAAUCCGGUCACUCCAACUCAAAGUACCUGACACAUUCACGGUUGUUUCCCAAUGAGAGAUCAUCAGAAUUUGGACAAAAUGAUAAAUUCUCACAAAAGAAUGGGUUUUUGUGCCGGUCAUUGAAGAUUGAAAAUUUACCUUCCUUUUCAGUGGGGAACAAAUUUCAACUUACUGAUGUGAUUGAAGCUCAACAAUUUGAUAGAGAUCUUCUCAGUGCUAUAUUUGAGGUUGCACGAGAUAUGGAGAAGAUUGAAAAGAAUUCACCAGGAAGCCAAAUUCUUAAGGGUUAUCUUAUGGCUACUCUCUUCUAUGAACCCUCCACAAGAACUAGGCUUUCCUUUGAAUCUGCAAUGAGACGGUUAGGCGGGGAAGUCUUAACAACUGAAAAUGCAAGGGAGUUCUCGUCAGCAGCUAAAGGAGAAACACUUGAAGAUACUAUAAGAACUGUUGAGGGUUACUCUGAUAUUAUUGUGAUGCGGCACUUUGAGAGUGGUGCAGCCAAAAGGGCGGCAGCAACUGCUGGCAUUCCUGUAAUCAAUGCAGGAGAUGGUCCUGGACAACAUCCAACUCAGGCUCUUUUAGAUGUCUAUACCAUUGAAAGAGAGAUAGGAAAAUUGGAUGGCAUUAGAGUUGCACUUGUUGGAGAUCUUGCUAAUGGAAGGACAGUGCGCUCACUUGCAUACUUGCUCGCCAGGUAUGAGGAUGUGAAGAUUUACUUUGUCUCUCCUGAUGUGGUGAAAAUGAAGGAUGAUAUAAAAGAUUAUUUGACGUCAAGGAAAAUUGAAUGGGAAGAAAGUGCUGACUUAAUGGAAGUUGCUUCUAAGUGUGAUGUUGUCUAUCAAACUCGCAUUCAACGUGAACGAUUUGGAGAGAGAAUUGACCUCUAUGAAGAAGCUCGAGGCAAGUACAUUGUGGAUAGUCAUGUGUUAGAGGUGAUGCAGAAGCAUGCUGUGGUCAUGCAUCCUCUGCCUAGACUUGACGAGAUUACUGUUGAAGUUGAUGGGGACCCGAGAGCUGCCUAUUUCAGACAAGCAAAGAAUGGCCUCUAUAUUAGGAUGGCUCUCUUGAAACUCCUACUUGUAGGAUGGUGA